GCCGGCGGCGUCGCGGACGAGCUUCCUGCAAACUUGUGUUCCUAUGCAUAAAGAUGUCUCUGGUGGACUUGGGGAAGAGGUUGCUAGAAGCGGCGAGAAAAGGCCAAGACGAUGAAGUAAGAACAUUGAUGGCGAAUGGUGCCCCUUUUACCACAGACUGGCUUGGAACAUCACCUCUGCACCUUGCAGCCCAGUAUGGUCAUUAUUCCACGGCGGAAGUGCUUCUGCGAGCAGGCGUCAGCAGAGAUGCCCGGACCAAAGUGGACAGGACCCCUUUGCACAUGGCCGCAGCCGAUGGACACGUGCACAUUGUGGAGCUGCUUGUCAGGAAUGGUGCGGAUGUGAAUGCCAAGGACAUGCUGAAGAUGACAGCUUUGCACUGGGCCACGGAACACCACCACCGAGAUGUUGUCGAGCUGCUCAUCAAGUACGGAGCUGACGUGAAUGCUUCCAGCAAGUUCGACAAAUCCGCCUUUGACAUAGCCCUGGAGAAGAACAAUGCCGAGAUUCUGGUCAUCCUGCAGGAAGCAAUGCAGAGUCAACUGAGUGCUCUCCCCAAGAGAGGCACCCCUGGACCUGUGGCCACCCCAUUCAUCAUCACCUCAGGAGAAGUUGUCAGCCUGGCUGGCAUCGUCUCCUCAGCCAGUACCAAAGCCACGCCAGUCAAUUCGGAGGAAGUCACAGAUGGCUAUUCUGUCAAUUCAUCAGUCCAGCAUGUGGUAGGAGGUGUCGGCCAGAGAGUCAUCACUAUAGUGACCGAUGGAGUUCCCCUGGGUAACAUUCAGACAGCAGUCCCGACGGGAGGCAUCGGCCAACCGUUCAUUGUGACCAUGCAAGAUGGACAGCAAGUUCUCACGGUGCCUGCCAGUCAGGCUGCAGAGGCGACUGUCGCUGGAGAGGAGGCGGCGAUGGAGAAGUGGCCGUCCACCAAGAAAGCCCGGCUCACGGAGGUGCCCACGAGCAGCGUGGAGAGCAAGGUGGGCGCCGAGAAGGAGCUGCUCCAGCGGCAGCUCCAGGAGGCCAACCGGAGAGCCCAGGAGUACCGACACCAGCUGCUCAGGAAGGAGCAGGAAGCCGAGCAGUACCGGCUCCGGCUCGAGGCCAUGGCCUGCCGGCAGCCCAACGGCGCGGACUUCGCUGUGGUCGAGGAGGGGACUGAGGUCAGCACCGUGGUGGUGACGGAGAAGGAAGAGGAAGAGAGCAAGCCGGGGAUGCCCGGGACAGCGGCGGGGCCCGUGGAAGCCGUUUCCUCGUAA